CAAAUACCCCCUAUCCUCGACGGUGCGCUUAAUAAGAUGGCCACCCUCGUCCCUCCUGCUCCUAAUCGCCAUCGCGCCUCAUCCACAAACCUCAGACCCGCUCUUACCAUCUCUACCCUCGGCGCCCGCCAAAAAACCUGUUCAUUAUUCGACCCUGUUCCCUGUACUCCUCCCGUGGGCUCUGAGAUGGCCAAGGUGUCGUCUCCUUUGCCAUCACCCUCCAGAUUAUCCGUAGCUGUCGCGCGAUGCAUGGAGCUCCUUCACGUGGACGCCGACCACACAUACUCCACUCCCUCCUCUCCGAGGUCAUCGAACGACGAUUCCAUCCUUCCCCUUGCUGCUUCUCAGAAUACCUCGGUGGAUGGCUAUGUUCAGGAGAAGCUUUCAUAUUCCAAACCUCCGCCUUCUCGCACGUGGUUACAGGGCUCACCCUCGGUACACGCCCCCAUAUUGUUUGUAAUCACAUCCUUCCCUGUAUCAGCUGCUAUCGUCGUUCUCGCUUUUUGGUCGCUGCCGUUCUCCGUUUCGUGGCCACGAACACUGGCCGACUGCUCACAGCUGGGCCGCGAGCUCCAUGGCUACGCACAGAGCGAUAUCGGUCAUUUGGCCCACGUUGUCGCCGUCAUCUCAGUCAUCACAAUCUGGAUGCACGCCUGGUCAAUUCCCGGCAGCGUCCUCUGGAACGUCCUCGCAGGCGCCCUUUUCUCACCGACUCUGGCAACGCUCCUCCUUGCUAUACUGACCACCGUGGGGUCUGUUUUCGCUUCCCUGCUUUCGACACCUCUUGCUCCAUUCUUCAUGCACUACUUCCCCCGUCCACUUGCUCUGGUCCGAAGCGCUCUGGAGAGCGAGCCCGAAAUAUCCACAGGAUCAAAGUCAAAGUCACCUGCGUGGGUUCGACUGACUAUCCUUCGGCUUGUCGGCAUUGUUCCGUGGUCAGGCAUCAACAUCGCGUCCGGUGUGUGUGGCGUCGGACUUAUGGAUUGCCUAUUGGGGACCUUCAUCGGGUCUUUGCCGUGGACCGCCGUUACGUGUCAGAUUGGAGAUAUCCUGCAAACCGUAGCGUCGACGCCAUCGCCAAAUCCGGAAACCAUCUCGUCCAUCCUCGCAUCCCCGGCUGUCAUUUUCAAGCUUGUGUUUCUUUCAUUCCUCUCUCUGGCGCCAAUCCUGGGCCGGGACUAUCUUCGUUCGUUGAUUUCCCAAGCCGACAUUCAAGCAUCGAGCUCAGACGGCCUGACCGGUGAGCGCAUCUCGCGCUGGACAUGGGUCAAAGAAUGGCGGCCCAUGGUCCGUAUACCCUCCCGCUCCCGAUCACGGGAUCAGCUCCAGAAAGAGUUGGAAAAAGAGGUCUCGGAGAAGCAGCAAUUGCAAGCACGCCCUUGAAUCUCAUCAAGGCCGUCUAUCGUCGGCAUGAUAUAUCAGCGUUUCGCCCUUCAGACCCAUUUUAACCUAUUUAUUUCUGCUUUCUAUCUGCCUUCCUCCCGUUCGUUCAAUGUCCUUUCAGGGAUCUGCACACACGCAUCGCUAGAUUUAACCACUUCAAUUACCCCCUCACGGUACUACAUCAUUCUUGCUCACCAGCAUACUGCAAUACUUAUGUUCAUACAUCACUUGACGCACCUUAAUGACUGACCCCUAGCCUUCAUGACAGCAAUCGUUCCAGUACAAUACUACUGACCUCAGUGACACCUCACGCCCUCUAAUGAAUCGUACUUCUCUUUCUUGAUUCAUCAGACUGGUCCUGAUUUUUUAGGUGUUUCCCUCCCCUCCUUUGUUGUAUUUUCGGGUGUCGAGCUAUCAAUGUUGAGGGAUCCACAUCUGC